GAUCAGAAAAAGCAGACAAUGUCCUUGGAGGAUCUCUCGGCAACCAAUAGGAAUUUCCGUCUCCAGGUAGAGGAACUGAGAGAGAACGUAGCCUGCUUGGACGCCGAGAACCAGGAGUUUCUCCAGGAGAAGAAAUACAUCAAAGAGCAGCAUAGGUGUCUUCGGGAGACAGUAGAUCACCUUAAAUCCACCAUGGACCACCUGCAGAAAACUGUGGAGGACAUCAGAGAAAGUUUGGAUCAUGUCAACAUGGCGAUCCACGAAUUAGCGCUGCAGAACAAGUCCUUGGUGAAAGCCAACAGCGACCUCAACCAGGAAAUGCACGAAGUCACCAGCCAAGUGGCCGUCUUCAAAAACGACAAACCAACCCACGAGAAUGACCUCAGGGAGAUGCGGAACCUUCCGUCGGAGGUUCAGAAGUACCUGCGGAACCUGGAGGACAAACUUGUGGAGACAGAGCACAGCUACCGCGUGGAGAAAACCCAAUCCGGCCAAUUGAAGGAGAAAAUCACGACAAUCCAGAAAGCCAGGGAACACCUGAGGAAGCGCAUCAAAGAGCUUCAGAACCAACAGGACCUAUGCGUGCAGCAGGCCACAUUUAUGCGGCUGGACCAGGAGAACCAGGUGCCGACAGGCAUCCUGAUGCAUGAACUCGUGGAGGCCAGGCUGGUGGGGGUGGCCCGGGACGGGACAAAGGAAAGGAUUCUGCAUUGGUUAUGGAUGGCAGCCAAAAUCCUGAUGAUGUUGCUCUUUGGCUGUUGUGUAUUGUUUGGUCUUGCCUUGGCAUACACGCGCUUUUUUAAUCCGUUGUUCAUUUCUGACACACUUUUGGUGUUCCUCAGUGACCAGAGCAUCGACAGACUUCUGCACUGUUUCUCCCCGUAUCUUGAACAGACAAACGAUGGCCUUUUACCAUUUUGAGAAAUGAAAUUCUUUCUCUCCCUUCGUUGACUUUCUACCUAGGAUGCAAGUAGAAGGGCAUACCUGAUAAUUGAGUUUGGUGGACAACAAAAAUGGAUUCUGCGUCUUGGAUCUCCAGCGUUGAAAUCUCUAUAUAAACCAUAGAUAUAUGUAUAUAAAUAUUUUUUCUAUUGUUGGCCCUAUCUUUUUUCCCCUGUUGUUUUAUUGUUUCUUCUUUCAGCUUUUGCUUAAUUAAAGAAAAU